GCUGCACCUGAGCACCCCCAGUCAGCUGCGGCGGUCGCCGCCGCCCAAAGCCCCGCGGCCGAAGCGGGACCGCCGCCGCCAUGAAGCUGCGAGUGCGGCUGGAGAAGCGGACCCGGCCGCUGGACGUGCCCGAGGCGGAGCCGACGCUGGGGCAGCUGCGCGCGCACCUGAGCCAGGCCCUGCUGCCCACCUUGGGGUACAGUUCUGAUACCCGAUUUGCAAUUACAUUGAACAACAAGGAUGCCCUCACUGGAGAUGAAGAGACCUUGGCUUCGUAUGGGAUUGUUUCUGGGGACUUGAUAUGUUUGAUUCUUGAAGAUGCCAUGCCAGCACCUAACUUACCUUCAUCCACAGAUUCAGAGCAUUCCUCACUCCAGAAUAAUGACCAACCCUCUUUGGCCGCCAGCUCCAGUCAGGCCAGCGUACCUGAUGAACAACGGAAUGAUUCAUUCCAAGGACAGGCAGCCCAAUCUGAUGUCUGGAAUGACGACAGUAUGUCAGGGCCUAGUCAAGCCUUUGAAGCUGAGUCAACCCAAGAUGUCGUGGAUAUGGAGGAGGGCUCAGGCUUCUGUCCCUCAGAACCCAUGCUCUGCAGCGAAGCCACGGAAGGGCAGGUGCCACAUUCCUUAGAGACCUUGUACCAGUCGGCCAGUUGUUCUAAUGCCAGCGAUGCCUUGAUAGUGUUGGUCCAUCUCCUCAUGUUGGAGUCAGGGUACAUACCUCAGGGGACUGAAGCCAAAGCUGUGUCCAUGCCAGAGAAGUGGAAGUCGAGCGGUGUGUACAGACUGCAGUACACACACCCUCUCUGCGAGGGUGGCUCUGCCGCACUCACCUGCGUGCCUUUGGGAAACCUGGUCAUCGUCAAUGCUACACUAAAAAUCAACAGUGAGAUUCGAAGUGUGAAAAGAUUGCAGCUGCUGCCAGAGUCCUUUAUUUGCACAGAGGAACCAGGGGAAAAUGCAGCCAAAGUGUACAAAGACCUUCAGAAGCUGUCCCGCCUCUUCAAAGACCAGCUGGUGUACCCUCUUCUGGCUGUCACCAGGCAAGCCCUGAACCUUCCAGACGUGUUCGGGUUGGUGGUCCUCCCAUUGGAACUGAAGCUGCGGAUCUUCCGACUCCUGGAUGUUCGCUCUGUGUUGUGUCUGUCUGCAGUCUGUCGGGACCUCUUUAUUGCUUCAAGUGACCCGCUGCUGUGGAGGUGUCUGUACCUGCGGGACUUUCGAGAUAGUACUGUCAGAGCUCGAGACACAGAUUGGAAAGAGUUAUACAGGAAGAGGCACAAACAAAGAAAAGAAGCUCAGAGAGGGCGGCAUGUGAUGUUCCUGCCGUCCUCGCCCUACCCCAUCCCAUUCUAUCCCAGCCCCUUGCACCCCUUCCAUCCCAGCUCGCUGCUUCCUCCAGGAAUCAUCGGUGGUGAAUACGACGAAAGACCCACACUUCCCUAUGUCGGGGACCCUAUCAAUUCACUCAUCCCGGGGCCCGGGGAGACACCUGGCCAGUUCCCUCCACUCAGACCACGUUUUGAUCCAAUUGGCCCACUUCCGGGACCAAACCCUAUCUUGCCAGGGCGAGGGGGGCCCAAUGACAGAUUUCCCUUCAGGCCCAGUAGAGGUCGGUCACCUGACAGCCGGCUGUCAUUCAUGUGAUGGUUUGCAAUCUCACUCUGAAGCUCGACUGGUUUUGUUUAUGUGUUUUAAAGCUGCAGAUGCCGUCUCCCUGGGGUGCCGAUCUCUAGUGCUGAUUCUGAACAUGUGGUGAGAGUUGCACUCCCAGAGCUUUCUGUGUUGACAGCUUCAGGGGUGGUGUGGCCCGAAGGCUGCUCUGUGGAAAGGUUGGCCACAGGAAUAGUUGGCUACUGAUUUCCCUGAUCUGGAUUCCUCUCUAGAACGGAGUUGUUAUACUGAUAAUGUGCAACAGAUUAAAAAACCAUCUAAGUUACAUGGCUAUCUUGACUUCUUUUACAGAAAGAUAUAGAAUAAACAUUUAGAACAAG